UUUAGGAGAAGUGAAAAUCAGCUCAUCUGUAGUUCAGCAGAAAGGAGAAUCUCCCACGUAGGUGAAUCCCCCGACACGUCAGAAUGGAGCGCUGGGCCGUCCCCUGACCUGUCUUCGUCUGUAUAAACGUGGCUGCAGAUGGAGUCCGGACGGCAGAGGCGACAAGCUGAACUCACCUGAGAUUUUCACCUGCUGCUCAGAGCAAAACAACAAAACCACGCGACUCAGGAUGGCUCGUCUCACUCUGUCUCUGCUGGUUCUGGCGCUGGCCGUGGUCGCAGUCACCGAAGGUCUGCGUGGAGUCGGCCCGAAGAAAUGCUGCUUUCGUUUCAUCGACAAGGUGGUGUCUAAAGAGAGAGUGGUGGACUACACCAAGACCAGCCAGCGCUGCCCCAAAUCUGCCAUCUUGCUGGAGACGGUUGCAGGCCGUGAGAUGUGUGUCAGACCUUCUCUGCCCUGGGUGAAGGACCUCAUCAGCUACCUGGAUGCCAAAAACACUCCAGGAGAAAGCUCUCACCUGUAAUCACAUCAGCGGUCUGCAGGGAUGUGCUCGUGUGUUUUAAUGAUGCAAAGUUUUCUAAAUACAACCAAAAGCAGCUGUUUUCUACAUAUUUACCAAAUAUUCUAACAUUUUAUGGAACAUUUCCAGCAUGAGAUGGGUUAGGGUUAGGGUAUCUAUUAUUGUUUUUAUCCUAAAGGCUAAAUGAAGGACUUUUUAUGUUUAAUGAGAGAUUAUUUUAAUUUAACACUUAAAUUCUGACCAUAAACACUGUGAACCUUCGGAUGUGUGUGUUGUAAAAGGGAUUUGAUAUAAGCUACUAUCUAUUGCAUAUUACUGUGCAAAAGGUUUAUUAUCUUUAUUUUUUACAUUUUAUUUAAUAGAAUUGCUUGUGUCACAAGCGUCUGUCGACUCUGAGGUGUUCAGUUAAGAAUUGCAUUUUAAAAAACUUUCUUUGUUUGCUUGUGAACGCUUUCAAGUAAAUCAAGGAAAAGAUUCAAAGUA